AGCGUUGUGCUCAACCAGUGCUGGGUUUAGAGGGUUUCUCUCUGCCAGGCUGAUUAGUUCUACUACAGGAUCACUGAGGGGACGUAUCUGCCGUUUGACGAAAAACGCACACUUUUCAUCAUUUCACCGCAGGAAACGUAACUUACCCUGGGGUUGGAUUAACUUAAACCACUAUUUUUUAGUUUUUCUUUUUAAUUUGGUUUAGAAGACACAGCAAGUCACCGAAGACAAUGGGAUCCCAGGCAUCCAAGGGAGAGGUGGCCGCGGAGGCAAACGCUGCUGCCGUUGAUGCUGCCGCUGUCAAAACCAACGGGCAGGAGAAUGGGCACGUGAAAACCAAUGGCGAUGUCUCUACAAAGCCUGAUGGGGAUGCUGCUGCCACCAAUGGCUCAGCUGAAGCAGCCAAAGAGCCUGAAGCUGGCGCAGGAGGUGAUACCAUUGAGCCAGCUCCUGCUGCAGAUGGAGAAGCAGCCAAACCUGAAGGUGAGGCUGGAGUAAAGGAGACCCCCAAGAAGAAGAAGAAGAAGUUCACUCUCAAGAAGCCCUUUAACUUCAAAUUGAACCUGAAGAAGAACAAGAAGAGUGAGGCUGUCAAAGAGGAAGCAGCUGCUGCCGCCCCCUCUGAGGAGAAGCCUGCUGAGAACGGAGCUGCUGCCCCUGCAGAGGAGAAGAAGGAGGAGGUGAAAGAAGAGGCUGCUGCUGUGGCUGAGGCCCCAAAGGCAGAUGAGGCCCCAGCUAAAGAGGAGGCCCCAAAGGAGGAGGCCAAGGAGGCAGCUGCUCCAGCCCCUGAGGCCACAAAACCAACAGAGGAGAGCAGCUCGACCCCCGCUCCUUCUGAAAAGAAGGAGUGAUUGUACCUUUAGCUCACAACGAACUGGGUGAACUGUUUUUCAAAAGAAAGAGAGAAAAUUUAAGAAUAUAUAUAUAUAUAUGUGUGUAUAUGUAUACAUAUGUAUAUGUAAAUAUAUACACAUGUAUGUGAGAGACUCCUUCAACGUGCCACUUUUCGUCAUGAUAACGAGACGACAGACUAGAUUCACUAGAUCACUUCCCUGGUUACUGCUUGACAUCUGGACCUUGACUGAGUUUUAGGCUGCGGGUUGGUUGCCAUGUGGAAAUGGAUUUUAAUGGCUAGAAUGUGAGCUAAAUACACCAUGAGGUACAGACAGCUGAAAGAUGGAUGGAGAAGUAUGAAGUGGAAGCAUCAUUUCCCUAAAGAUGAAGAUGCCUCCUUGCUGAAGAAAUGAAGCUAGAUGAGCUACUAGGACACCACCACCACUUGAAAUGACUGUUAAAUUUAAAAAAAAGAAAGCAGAAAAUUAAAAGACUUGCCAACUUUUUACAUUCUUAUAUUUUAACCCAAAUUUGAAGUAUUUUGUGGUGUAUUAUAGAGAACCGUCUUAAAGAUUCAGAGAACCUAUGUCUUGUUUGUUUAAAGAAUUUUUUUUUUAUUUUUACCUUACUAUAAAAAAAACACUUAAGCUUGCUAUGUUCACUGUUGCGGUUUGAUAUGAAGCAGAGUUGUUUAUCUGUCGUGUGUGAGCCUGAACCUGCUUUAUCUCUGUAAAUACAUUGGACUGAUUUCUGUUCUUUAUUUUGCUAAUGUUGACAGAUGUUACUGGUUUUAUUGUAAAGUUGAUAAUGGUAAAUAAAUGUUGGUUACCUGCCCGC